CUAAAUCCCCAAUUUCGGACAAAUUAGAUUCUCUUCUCUCUUUGUCUCUCUCUAUAUCUUUCCCUUGCUCGUGCUUGGGGAAUGUGUUCUUUGUAAUCAGCUACUGUAUCAGAAGUAGGUGACAAAUGAGUAACGGUUCGUGGUUACCUGAAGAGGACUUCAAGGGUCUAUCGGAUAACUUCUUUGAUAAUCUCAUUGAUCCUAAUGAUGAUUUUUCUCUAGAAGACAUCGAGACUGCCGAUGAUGAGGGAGAUUGGGAUGCCGGGUUUCAAAACCUCGUACCUCCACCAUUGGAUGUGCUAACGAGUUUGUCCUCUGAGUUUUCUUGCAAUGGACAGCGUGUGCCAGUCCAGAAGCCUGUACCCAGUUUGAAGCAGUCGUGUUCUUCGGAAGUUUCUACUGUUGACAACUCCCCUUCUGAUGUCAAAGUCUCAAAGCUAUUUCAAUCCUCAAGCCCAGUCUCAGUUCUUGAGAAUACCAACGGUUCUGUCUCAUCCCUAAACCUACACAGAGCUCUGAAACUGGCCUUUCCCCUGAAAGGCAUCAGAAGCAAGCGCAAACGCCCCACACUGCUGAGAGUUACAUUCCUCCAGGCAUUUGGAUUCGAAAUGUCUCAGCAGUUUGCUCCGGAUGAAUCAGAAUCUGAAAUUAACCUCUCUUCUGAGAUAUCCGCCAACAAAAAACGCAAGAGGAACAAGAGUCGUCCCACCCACCAGGUCCAUAACACUCCAAAACCAUUUAACUCAGGUGGGAGAGUCCAGAAAUGCACUCAUUGUGAGACAACCAAUACCCCCCAGUGGAGGGAAGGACCCAGUGGUCCUAAAACCCUCUGCAAUGCUUGCGGAGUCCGGUUCAGAUCAGGCCGUCUUGUCCCAGAAUACCGUCCAGCAUCAAGCCCGACCUUCAUCCCAACUGUGCAUUCAAAUAUGCACAGGAAGAUCAUACAGAUGAGAAGCAAAGAUGAAGGCCAGUUUGAUACCAGAAAGAUCCGUGCUGUGACAUCCGGAGCAGAGACUAAACCAGGGCUUUGUAACUUCGGCAGACCAAUGAGUUUGGUCAAUGAAAAACAAAAUUGUGAGGAUCUGUAGAAUUGGUUAACUAUCUCUCAAAGACUGAUGUUCUCAUAAAACUAGGGUCUAGUGUUUGUCUUUUUUCUUUUCGUUUUUAUCUGAUGCUGAGAGUUUAGGAUUUUUGUUGAAAUUUAGGGUCUUAGACUCUUAGUGUUGUUUAAUUAUAUGGUUAUGUUUGAAAGAAGAUGUUUGGCUGAUAUCUAUUUUAUCAUAAUGUAAUGCUCCUUAGGUCCA